UAACAGAUCAAGUUGAACAGACUGCAACAGGCCGAAAGCCUGGAACUCUGGACAUCGUGGCUGGUUGGUAACUGGAGCCUGUUCAGUCGGGACCCUGGAAUUCCUACGCAAGGUUGUAAUGGGUAAUGCGGUGGGUGGCGUGGAACAGGCGGAGGGCUCUGAGCCCAGCCCUUUCCAGGGCACCAUGAAGAAAAAGACGGCCCCUCCCAAACUGCCAAUGCCCCCUGAGGAUGAGCUACAAGAGCGCUUCAACGUGGUGCUGAGCACCAUGAACUUACCUCCUGAUAAGAUGACACUUCUGAGUCAAUACGACAACGAGAAGAAAUGGGAACUGGUCUGUGAUCAGGAGCGUUUCCAGGUGAAGAACCCUCCAUCAGCCUAUCUGAAUAAGAUCAGGAGUUUCUACCAGGACCAAGGAGGAGUGACACGCAGGGUUGGUUCUCACUCAUCUAUUAUUUCUUACACAUUUAUUAUAGUCGCAAUCUUUAAAAAACGUAACAUACUUACACUAAUGUAUUCUCAACAGUUUAAGAAGCGUAUUCAGGAGUCCACUCAGGUUCUGAGAGAGCUGGAGAUCUCCCUGAGGACCAAUCACAUUGGAUGGGCUCAGGAGUUUUUGAAUGAAGAGAAUCAGGGAUUGGAUGUGCUGGUGGAUUAUCUGUCCUAUGCUCAAAGCGAUGCACCGUUUGAGACGGAGGCGGUGGAGAAUGGAGGUUCUGUUACAGACAACAGGAAGAUGUCCGAGAGAUCGAUGGAGGAUCUUACAAAGAACAACUCUAUCUCAACAGCGCAUGGCAUGACCCGGGCUGCCCGUGCCUUCACAGUCCGGCUGAGCAACCUAGCGCAGGGCAGAAGAUCUCUAAAACUUAAAGGCCAAAGAGACGACGUCCAUCUCUGCAUCAUGUGCCUGAGAGCUAUCAUGAAUUAUCAGUCUGGCUUUAACCUUGUAAUGAGCCACCCUCGCUGUGUUAAUGAAAUCACACUCAGCCUCAAUAACAGGAACCCCAGGACAAAGGCUCUCGUACUGGAACUACUGGCCGCUGUGUGUCUGGUAAGAGGAGGACAUGACAUCAUCAUCUCUGCAUUCGACAACUUUAAAGAAGUGAGUGGAGAGAGGAACAGAUUUGAGAAGCUGAUGGAGUAUUUUAAAAGUGACGACAGCAACAUUGAUUUCAUGGUGGCUUGUAUGCAGUUCAUAAAUAUCGUGGUUCACUCAGUGGAACACAUGAACUUCAGGGUGCAUCUACAGUACGAGUUCACACAGCUCGGCCUAGAUCAGUAUUUAGAGAGUCUAAAGAUGACGGAAAGCGAGAAGCUGCAGGUUCAGAUUCAGGCUUAUCUAGAUAACGUGUUUGAUGUUGGAGCUCUGCUGGAGGACGCCGAGAAUAAAGGAGGAAUUGUGGAGCAUCUGGAGGAGUUAGAGGAUCUCAAUGCACAGCUAAGUGCUAAGCUACAGGAGUAUGAUAAAGAAAUGGAGAAAGUGGCUGAGCUGGAAAAGCAGCUCAUGCAGGCCACUAAAGAAUCAGCGAUACUCAAGGAGAGUUUGCGGGAGUCCUGUGCUCAGGUCAGCACUUUGCAGCAGCGUGAACGUGAGCGAGAGAUCCAGAGAGAGCGAGAGAAGGAACUGGAGCGAAUGUCCCAUCCGUCUAACGCAGGAGUCACGAUGUCCAGCAGGGAGGACGAGAGUCAGAGGGAUUCCAGGCUGCAGCAAAAACUGAGGGAGCUACAGGAUAAGGGGUUGGUGCGGUUAGAGAAGACAGCAUCGGGCUCUCUGGACAUUGAAGUUGUCCCUGUUACCAUUGUGCAGACCGUCACUGUUCCUGUCACUAAAACAGUAACAGACUCAGGACCUUCAGGAGCUCCUCCUCCUCCUCCUCCUCCACUACCUGGGGAAACUCUGGGUGCUGCACCACCACCACCACCUCCUCCUCCUCCACCUCCUCCGGGCUGUGAUUUUGUACCGCCUCCUCCUCCUCCUCCACCUCCAGGUUGUGAUGCUAUACCGCCUCCUCCUCCACCCCCAGGUGGAGGCCCACCCCCUCCUCCACCUCCACCUGGCUUUGGACCACCUCCCCCUCCAGGAGCUCCUCCUGCAGGAACUCCAGGGGCUGAAACAGGUGUUAAGGCCCGUAAGCCGAUCCAGACCAAGUUCCGCAUGCCUCAGCUCAACUGGCAGGCGCUAAAAUCCAACCAGGUGGAAGGAACGGUUUUCAAAGAACUGGACGAUGAACAUGUGUUAGAGGAGCUGAAUAUGGAUUUGUUUGCGGAGCAGUUUAAGACGAAGGCUCAGGGCGCCCUGGCAAAUCUUUCUAAGAUAAAGGUUAAAGCUCAGAAAGCUCCCACUAAAGUCUCUCUACUAGAGGCCAACAAAGCCAAGAACCUCGCCAUCACCCUGCGCAAAGCUGGCAUGAGUCCUGCUCAAAUCUGCACCGCCAUCGAAACUUACGAUCAGCAGGCUCUGAGUCUGGACUUCCUGGAGCUCCUCGAGCGCUUCAUCCCAUCUGAUUACGAGAUGAAGCUUCUGCAGAACUAUGAGAAGGAGGGACGUCCCCUAGAGGACCUGACCGAGGAGGAUCGAUUCAUCAUGCAUUUUGGCAAAAUCCCACGGCUGGCUCAGAGGAUCAACACGCUCACCUUUAUGGGGAACUUCCCUGAGAUGGUCAAACGCCUGCAGCCGCAACUGGACUCCAUCAUUGCAGCCUCCACGUCCCUCAAGUCCUCCAGCAAGCUGAAAAAAAUGUUAGAGAUCGUCCUGGCUUUUGGUAACUACAUGAACAGCAGUAAAAGAGGGACAGCACAAGGUUUCCGCCUGCAGAGUCUCGAUCUGCUGUUGGACACAAAAUCUACGGAUCGCUCUCAGACUUUGAUGCACUUCAUAGCCAACAUGGUGGAGGAAAAAUACCCCGAACUGACCUCCUUCCACACCGAGCUACGCUUUGUGGACAAGGCUGCACUUGUGUCUCUGGACGGCGUGCUGCAGGACGUAAGAUCUUUAGAAAGAGGGAUGGAAGGAACCAAGAAGGAGUUCCUGGUGCAGGAUGACAUCGCAGCCCUAAAAGAGUUCGUCAAGGUCAACAGCGAGCUGCUGGACUCACUGGUCAGAGAUGGCAAGACAGCGCAGGAGGCGUACAUCUCAGUGGUUGAGUAUUUCGGAGAGAACCCGAAGACCACCCAGCCCUCCAUGUUCUUCCCUUUGUUUGUCAGAUUCAUUAAAGCCUACAAGCAAGCUGAGAAAGAUAACGAACAAAAGAAGAAACAGGAGAUUGCAGCCGAAGAACAGGCAACAUCCUCACCGAAAAAGAAAGAAACCACACCACAGAAGGGUCCCAUGAUGCCCAAGAUGCCUCAGAUGGACCUGAUAGCGGAGCUGAAGAAGAGGCAGGUGAAGCCACAGGUGACAGAUGGAGCCAUCGAGGACAUCAUAACAGACUUGAGAAACUCACCGUACAGGAGAGCAGACGGACGAAGAGCAGCACAGCGUCAGGAAAACUAACGUCUUCAUACAUGUCCUGAUCUUCAUACAUUCAUUUAAACAGUGUUAUUUUUUUUUUUAAAUAAUCAUACUGUAUCACAGCAAAGACACACAAACAUUUAACACAUUUCAAAACCACACGUUAUAUGGUGCCAGAACUGGAAAUAAGGGGGGGUCCAAACUAUUAAAAAAGGUCGAUGUGGCUUCAGGCUUUUAUAGCAGGCAGGCAGGAGCUUUACCUGUCAAAUCAUCAGUCAACUAAUCAAACAAAACAAAUCAGGGAAACUCCUGCUUGGAUGAUCCACCAGAUCUCUUUUUGAAAAAGAUUGGACACCCCUGUGACAUACAGUCAAACAUUUCCUCACACUUGUAAAAGACGUGUGUGUUGUAGUAAGUGCUGCUUCCUCUGCAGCUACACCAGCCUCCACUCUCCCGGGAUGGCUUUUUACACUCUAAGAUUUUGGAGUGUACCUAUGGGGUUUUGUGCCCAUUUGUGUAGUCAGACUCACAAUCAAUGUCCCCCAAAGGGGGAAUUUUAUUAAGGUUAACGUCAAAGCUCUGUUCAGGUCACUCAAGUUCCUCUCCUUGGUUCUCUCUUUGAUCAUGCUGGAACAGGAGAGGGCCUUCCCUAAACUGGUGCUACAAAGCUGGAAGCAUGUAACUGAUUUUAUACAUUAAUUAGACAUGAGUGUGGCUGAAAAUAUUAAACCGAACUGAACAAUUAGGAUGGGUGUCAACAUACGUCUGGCCAUAUAAUGUGCAUGGCCCAGUCAAGUGUAUGGAAAUGUUUGACUUUAAUUGUACAUACUACACACAUACACUAAGACACACACACACACACCAUGCACACACACACACACACACACCAUACAAGCACUCACAUACUGUUAUAAUUCUUUUUUCAUGAUAAAUAUUAUUGUUAUUAUAUCAGCAUCAGUUAUAGCAGCUGUAUAUAAAGCCUAAGUCCAGAUCAGGAAACAUGUAUAUCAUCAUAUUUGCUACGUAGAUCCUGAAGUAUAAUGUGCUUUUUUUAUUUGGUUCUUACUGCAAAAUGAUUUGUAUAAAACAUUUAAAACAGCAGUGUAGUUGAUGGUGUUUGUAAAAGAACACAGUGUAAGACAUUUAAAGUCUUCUGUGUAAAUCAGUUUUAAGGUUUUUUGUCUUUUUGAUGUGGAAUAAAGAUCU